AUGGCGAUUGCUACAUCUAUGAGUUUGAAUCUAAUUGGAUCAUUCAAAGGCUUAUCUCUCUCUUCAACCUCGUCGUUCCUCAGAGGCGAUUUGCAUUUUCCCACUAAAACCUCCUUCACGGUGACUCUCCCGUUGGAAAACCUCCAAGCUCCGGUUCCGUUGACAAUCAAGUCCGCGCAUAAGAAAGGAGCUGGUAGCACUAAGAACGGCCGUGAUUCUCCCGGUCAGAGACUCGGCGUCAAGAUCUACGGUGACCAAGUCGCUAAACCUGGCGCCAUCAUCGUUCGCCAACGUGGCACCAAGUUUCAUGCUGGAAAAAACGUUGGGAUUGGGAAAGAUCAUACCAUCUUCUCUUUAAUCGAUGGAUUAGUAAAGUUCGAGAAGUUUGGUCCUGACAGGAAGAAGAUCAGUGUGUACCCAAGAGAAAUUGUGCCAGAGAAUCCAAACAGUUACAGAGCAAGAAAGAGAGAAUCUUUCAGACUGCAAAGGGAGAAGAAGAAGGCGAGACGUGAGAAUUACACUUACACAAUUCCUAGCCCUCAGCUUGUUCUUGCCUCUGCUGCAAUCGAUGAUGCUGAAACCAAUCCCGAUUGCUAA